AUGGCAGAAUACGACCAAACCAUCCGUUAUAUUCCACAACAAGCUUUCAACUAUGCAGGUAAUCCGAAACAAAAUGUACCUCAAGACACCAAUGCGAAUGAAGCACAAAUUAACAACCUGAAUAGUCAAACAAAACGUUCGCAAAUUUGUAGUAAACAAUGCGUCGUAAUAUGUCUUAUUUGUAUUGGAAUUUUAUUAUUAAUAGCCGCUGCAUUUACUGUACCUCUCGUAGUUAUACUAACUUUACCGACAGCUUCAUACAAAUAUAUUUUUGAUUUAUUUUCAUUAAUAACUACAGACUCAAAUAGUUCUCUCUCACUGUAUGGUGUGCAACUCAAUCUAAAUCCUUCUUCAUUACCUACUAGUUGGUCUCAAUGUUAUACAGCAACAUAUGCAACAAAUAUGGGUACAACUAAUCUUAAUUCAAUAUUAAGUGCAUGUAAUAAAAAUAUGUUAUUACUUGGCUGUCGACAAUCUGGUCAUACAAUUAUGGAUGUAGCAGCAAUGGGAUAUCGAGCUGAUGUUUUAUAUAAUUGUGCAACAACAAGUAAUUGUCGAAAUGUGGCUAAUGGUGUUGGUUGGUAUUAUUCAGAUGUUUAUUCAUGGGGUUUUGCAAAUGGUACUGAUAGUGUAACACGUAGUACUUGUGAUACUAGUUCAACUAAUGCUGGUUAUCGUUUAUGUUGGUGUACUCAAAAUAAUGCUGGAUAUAGAUGUGGAUCAGCUAUUAUCUCUAAUACCAACUAUGAAAAAGUGAUUUAUCGUUCAAACUGA